AUGAGGCAUGCUGAGGGGUGCAUAGGGAAAAGAGGCACGUUCGCAGAGGAGUCUGAGAAGGUCAUCUAUGGACUGGUUUACCCCAUCAAGACUUUUGAAAUAUUUUACAUUCAGCUCCACUACUACUUGUACUUGUGGAAGAAGUCUACCUAUUACACAACCAUUACUCACAAGAUCCUAACGUUCCUGAACGGCCCAAGCUGGAAACCUGGGAAACCUCGCCUGGGAGACCAUGUGGACAACCCAAAGAUGUCUACCCCGGGUCUCCCAGAUGUCUACCCCGGGCCUCCAGGAUGUCUGCCCCGGGUAACAGGGUCUGAGAGGCCACAUGACUCGCGCUGGGCCCUUCCUCUGCAGCUGUACGUGGUGCUGCACUUCCUGCUGUUGCUGGUGACCUACCACAACCUCUUCGACAGCAAGACGAUGCUGUCACAGAUCACCAUCUUCAGCAUGACCUGCUACAUCCUGCUCACACUUACCUCACUGGGGUUCAUUAUUGACCAAAGAGCAUCGGCCGCGCUCCUGGAGAUGCUGCGUUGCAUCGUCAUGGUAACGAUGCUGAGAUACAACGUGCUGACAGUGCCUCUGCUGCCCCUUCUGCCCUGGGCCACUCAGUGUUUUCAUACUGACUGGGUCCUAUGUGCUGACCCUGGUGUGGUCUGCAGAGUGUCAGCUCUUGUGGCUGAUGCUAAUAUCGACCUCCUCCAGAUGCGUGGCUCAAUUGACCAUAAAAUUGGCGUUCCUCUUGCUCUGUUGCAACCCCCCCCCCCCUCAGCCCCACUCGGAUCUGGAAGCCAUUACCUCCGUCUGCUGCUAACUCGCAGCGGCUGGAGGAGCUUGCAGGAGAUCAGGCCCAGGUCCCACAGCUGUGCCACUCAGGUGUUCAGCUGCUUAAACUGA